GAGGGAUGACCAGCCCUAGCUCUCGAGGACUCUAGUCCCAGGGGCAGUGCAGGGAGGCGAAAGAAGGCGGGGCCACAAACCAAACCAUCGCCACCACGCGGUAUCCGAGAUAAGGCGGCCGCCUCUUUGACUACACCCACGUCAAAAGCCGUCGCGGUCAGGGCUCGCGCCUGGGGGCGGGGGCGGGUCUACGGCGCAGGCGCAGUCUGUCCUGCCAGAACUGUGCUGCCUGCUCCAUUACUUGCUAGUCAUGGAGACCGAAAAGAGGCCAUAUCACUUGGUGGUCUUUGGAGCCUCCGGCUUCACCGGCCAGUUCGUGGCCGAAGAGGUAGCCCGGCAGCAGAUGAGCCCGGUGUUCCGAGGCUCCUCGCUACCCUGGGCUGUGGCCGGUCGGAGUCGGGAAAAGCUGGUGCAGGUGUUGAAGAAGGCAGCGGAGAAAUUGGGAAGACCAACACUCCCAGCUGAAGUUGAUAUAAUAACCUGUGAUAUCCUUAAUCCAGCAUCUCUUGAUGAAAUGGCUAAACAAGCAGUUAUUGUUCUCAAUUGUGUAGGACCAUAUCGCUUUUAUGGAGAACCUGUGGUCAGAGCAUGUGUUGAAAAUGGAGCUAGCUGUAUUGACAUUUGUGGGGAACCACAGUUUCUGGAAGAAAUGUAUUGGAAAUAUCAUGAAAAAGCUGCAGAGAAAGGGCUGUAUAUCAUUGGAAGCAGUGGUUUUGAUUCCAUUCCAGCUGAUCUUGGUGUAUUAUUUACCAGAAAUAAGUUGAAAGGUACUUUGACUGCUGUUGAAAGUUUCCUGAAAGUAAAUUCAGGACCUGAGGGAAUGUGUAUUCAUGAUGGCACUUGGAAGUCAGCUGUUCAUGGUUUUGGUGACCAGAAGCGUUUAAAAAGCCUACGAAAACAGUCAAAUAUGAAACCUCUUCCAGUUGUUGGUGCAAAAUUGAAAAGAAGAUGGCCUGUUUCUUACUGUAGUGAACUGCAUGAAUAUUCUAUUCCAUUCAUGGGAGCUGAUGCCUCCGUUGUGAAACGGACACAACGGUUCUUGUAUGAAAACUUGCAGGAAACACCAGUACAGUAUGCUGCCUAUGUAAAUGUGGGAGGCCUCACUUCUAUUAUCAAGCUGAUGUUUGCAGGACUUUUCUUUUUAUUCUUUGUGAAGUUUAACUUCGGAAGACAGCUUCUGGUAAAAUUUCCAUGGUUUUUCUCCUUUGGGUAUUUCUCAGAACAAGGACCAACACAAAAACAGAUGGAUGAUUCCUCAUUUACAUUUACAUUCUUUGGUCAAGGAUAUAGCCAGGACCAUACUACAAAACAUGGCAAACCUAAUAUUAAAAUUUGCACCCAAGUGAAAGGACCAGAGCCUGGCUAUGUGGCUACACCCAUAGCAAUGGUUCAAGCAGCUGUGACUCUUUUAAAAGAUACUUCUGAUCUUCCUAAGGGAGGUGGCGUCUUUACCCCGGGAGCCGCUUUCUCCAAAACCAAGCUGAUUGAAAGACUCAAUGAUUGUGGCAUUGAAUUUAGUGUCAUUAGCAGCUCUGAAGUAUAAAAAUUAUAAAUAUUUGCAAAAGUGAUAAAAUUGCAUGAGUUAACAGCUUCACUAUUUGAUGCUAAUUUAAAUUCUUAAGAUAAUUUGAUGUGAUCAGGGCAGAAAGGCUUUCAUAAAAACUAGUUUGUACCAGACCAGGUACACACAUUUAUUUGCUUAGUUCUUAACUGAUUUCAUUGCUUGUCACUAAAGUACUUAAAAUAUUUCCUUUGGUUCAAUGGGAAGUGUGCCUGCUCAGGUGGGAAGAGUGAUCUCUGCAACCCAGAAGGCAGCUUUCCAGGGAGUUUUGCUGCUGCUUGUAUGUGCCUUUGCUAUUUGAGCUUGGUUCUCAUCACCCUCUAACCAGCUUGGGGCAUUUAAUGAUUGAAGAAUAAGUACAGAUGCUGUCUAGAUAAUGAAUGUCUGUGUGUGUCUUGGCCUGCCUCUCAUAUUUCCACACAAGUAGAACUGAAUGUGCUUCUCAUGCCCCAACUUAGCUGUUAAUAAUAGCUAGUGACCGAGUCAUCUUCUGGAUGUAUUUGUAAAGACUAUACAUCAGUAUGCUGAUGCAGAUUUUCCUUGAUUGUAGUGCCCCAAAUACGUUUUUUCCUCAUUCACAUUGACUUUUAGGUCAAAACUGGGUUCUCUGUUGAAGUGUAUUGUCCCUCACCAAAACUAUGCGUGUGUUUUUAAAAACACUCAAGUGCCAUUUGGCCUUGGAGUCUAUUCUAAAGAUGGGAAACAUCUUUGUGUCCGUGAUGUCUGGCCCUGGUGAAGGCACCUCUCUGGCAUGAAGUUGCAUUCACUUGCAGGAUGUGAGGGACAGACAAAUCCAUUUUGGUUUGUGUGUCUGUUAGUUGCUUUGAAUAUGUUCUAGUAUUGGCUUUUAAGACCAAACACUUAUCAUGCUAUCUUGUUCAGAAUUAAAGUCUGAAUACAUAUAAAAAAGAAUAGUCUUCUUAAAUGUCCUCAGUGUAGUCACUGAAAAUAGCUUUUGCUUUUUAUAAGUUUCUAUAGCUAAUUAUACAAAUGAUGUACAUAAAACUUGGUUUAAAUAAUAGCAUAUAAAUAAAAAAUUUAGGGUUUUAAGUCAUUUACAGUUUGUUCUCUAAAACCUACAGAUUUCAUUUUCAAACUACAGAAAAUGUUUUGAUCAGUAACUAGUCUUAUUUAACCUCUUUUAUGAAACUUAAAUAUUUAGUAAGCCAGUGUUAAUGUUUUCUUAUCUUCCUAGGAAUUUGAAAUCUACAAUUCAGCUGAUAGGUGUAAUUAAUAAGCUAAUCAAAGUGAAUUUUAAAUGUUUUAUGGGAAGCUGGAGCCUCGAUAUUUGGUAUGCACUAAACUCUCUCUCUUCUUCUUAACUAUAAGAGCAACAUCAUUUUUCAAUUUCCAUAGGCUGUCUUCAAGUAGUUCACCAAUGUCCUUUAAGAGAUGUGACUGUCUUUGUGUAAAAGGACGUAACAUUUGAUCAUCAUCCUGAAAAAUAAAUGAACCAAAAUGUAA